CAUUGUAGCAUGCCAACUGCGGUCUUUCUGCUUCCUGUCAAUUGCUGGUAAUGCUUGCACCGCGCACAAUUCACGUCUCUCGCAUUGCCGCUACUCGCCGGUUUGUAACAGCCCGCUCCUCCAGAUCGUUAAGUCCGCUCGGCCUACAACUACGCCCCCUUUGCCGCCAGCUCUCCAUGUCCAGCCCCCUGGAGCGACAGCAACUGUGGGCGAACGCCCCGUUCGCUCUCAUCACAGACACCGGCAUAGAUGCCCGCCCCGAAGUACCCCGAGACCAUUACGCCUACGAGCUGGCUCGCAUGAUGGCGCACAUCCACAAUCUACUCCUCCGCGCCCUCAACGCCUCGUAUAACCAGUGUCUGUCGGUCUGUCCGGACACCCCGGAGACGCGAGACUUCCUUGUCUUCAACCAGUGCCUGUACUCCAUGCUGAAAAGCCACCAUGACCAGGAAGAAGAGUCCCUGUUCCCGGCGUUCGGCCAAGUCACCGGCAACCCCGACGUGAUGGCCGUCAACGUGCAGGAGCACAAGCGCUUCGAGACGGAACUGCAGAAUUUCAGGGAUUAUGUUUUCGACACGGACCCGAAGGCCUACAGUGGGACGCAGCUGAAAUCGCUCCUCGAGUGUCUCGGCCCGUUGGUCCAGGAGCACCUGCACCAUGAGAUCGGGACGCUGUUGGACCUUCAUGUUGUAGACAGCAAGGCCCUCAAGGGAGUGUUCGGCUUGUCUAAAAAGGGUUCAUCGGGCGAACCCCACGACAUUUUCAAGGACAUCCCCUUCACCCUUACAUGUGAAGACAUUACGCUGCAGCUGGACGGCAAAGUGACGCCCCCCUUUCUCGGAAACCUUGCGCGGCAGUUGAUCAAAUGGACUGUGGGCUGGCGAUACCCUGGUGUGUGGCGAUUUGCGCCAAGCGAUUUCUUGGGAAAUCCGCGUCCUCUGUUAUAUCCAAACCCGUCGAAUUCGUGAUAUAUUGAGGGUAAAACUCAAGUAAUAGGGAUGGGAUUAUAUGACACAUUAGGUAGACGAUGAAUUCAACAAAAAAACUAUUUUCAUCGGC